CUUGGUAUCUGCAAAACUGCUGCGCAGUCCUGUCGGAGCGAGCGUGUGAUCACCAGCUCUCAGCCCCGAAGCCCCCGCCCAAGAUGAUUGCAGCCGUGGUCUUGCUCUUGCUCCUUUUGGUCGAACAAGCAGCUGCCCUGGGAGAGCCCCAACUCUGCUAUAUUCUGGACGCCAUCCUGUUUUUGUACGGUAUUGUCCUUACCCUGCUCUACUGUCGCCUCAAGAUUCAGGUCCGAAAGGCAGCUGUAGCCAGCCAUGAGAAAUCAGAUGCUGUCUACACGGGCCUGAGUACCCGCAACCAAGAGACCUAUGAGACUCUGAAGCACGAGAAACCAUCCCAGUAGCCUUAGAUGUCCUUGGCUGCAUUCUUCUUCUGCUUCUAGUUCUCUCCUAGCCCUCAUGGUUGAGUUCACUGUGCUACCUCCAUGCUUUUAGUGCUGGCUGACCUCACUCCCAUAAUGAUGUGAGGCUCUUAAGUCAAUGUACACUAACAGUUCCAUCUCCAUCGAAGUCUCACUGAUAUUUAUCUUCUUAUGUAUUCCUUUGCUUCAUUCCUCUUUCUUUCACCGAUCCCCAACUCUUGCUAGCCAAUGGAAAGAGAUUACCUCCCAAUAAAGCUGCCACCGAUCUGACUCUA